UAAUAGUUGCAACACGCAAGAAGUUCAAAAUUUUAUUAAUAACAUUAAAAAGAAUGAGGAAAAUGUGGAAGUCUACAGUGGCAUGGAAGCAGAAGAAAUUUAUGACAAUGAUCAGGUCAGAAAACGACUUAAAAAGGACGUUGUAACCGAUGAAGAAAUUGCAUCCGAUGCAUUCACAAAUGAAAAUGCAAAUGAUAUCUCGAAUGUCUUCGAUAUUGAUGAUAAUCAAAUGCGUGAGUUGGCUAUUGAGGAUGAUCUUGAAACAUCGAUAAACGAAGGAGAGGAUAGCCUUGUGAACGACCGUGCGGACGGCGCUGAACAUGAUCAGGAAAGAUGGAUUCUUUCCACAAGGAAAGAUGUCUAUAAGACUUUAAAUGAUUACAAGAGAACAAAAGUUAGAGCGACAAAGGCGCAUUUAUAUCCCACGUAUUUUGGGAUUCUUGAUUUAACUGGUGAUGAUCCAGAAGUUAGAGAGUUAUUCACCAACGAAGAAUGGACCGAAAUUCAGGAAGACUUCAAACUUAUAGCGAAGCUUAUGGAAAUGGAUGCAACGGAGAAGAUGGUGCUAUAUGAGUUGUUCAAUAAAGUUGAAGAGGAAUGUAGAAUUAAGGGUCACCCAAAAAUAAAUGUUAUACGAAGAACAAUACAGACUUAUUCCUACAACCUAGAUAGGAUCAAAAAUUCUAUGUCCGAAGGCUCUUUCUCGAGUAAUUUUACUAACAUGAUGACGAAAGGAAUAAUCACAUACGAUCAGAAAUUUAAUUAUGACGAAAGUGAAAUCCAGAGUCUUGCGUCAGCUAUGAUCGCAAAUCUAAAUAAAAAGCCACUCGUAAGAUCAUUAAUCGGACAACGUUGUGAUUUCCGAAUCACCUGUGAUGGCUAUGAAGCAGUAAUUGGGCUGCGAUCAGGAGGGUUAUCAGAAGCCUGCAAUUCGAAAAAAUGGGGUGACAAGGUUGAUCUUAUGGUUGCCAUGAGAGAUGUUCUACUUAAAGAAGCAAUCGAAAACAACGGAGUAGAGUGUAGAGACUUUAGAAAAUUAUAUACGCUUGGCGUACAUACAUACGGUAAGGCUUGUAUUAUGGACUUUGUGUGUAUGAAAACAUUGGUUUCUGAGGAAUUUUGUGGGACAUUAGGUUAUCAUUACAACUUGUAUGCAUUGGAUUGGAGAGCCAAAGGUCUAUGGCGUUUAGGCCUUUUGAAGAAGAUAAGCCUACCUCAAUCUAACGACCAACUAUUAAUGAUAGAAAAAUUGACAACAUUACUUUUGCGAAUUGAGUCAACAUUAAAAUACAUUAUGUCAAUAAGAAACGAACUAGCAGUAAAGGCAUCACGGUUGUAUCGAAACCGACGGAGUUCAACAUUUCCUAAACCAUACACAUUUACUGAGAAAAAGCGUGUAAAACGCACGCGUGUUCGAAAAAAUGAUUAA